AUGUCUUCUUUUGACGCCCAAGGCCAGUCUCCUCCUCGCUGUGGCCCGCAGUUCCCCAGUCUGGGCCAGGAGCCCCCCGAGCUUAGCAUGUACAGUGACUGCUACUACCCUCCUCCCUCCCUGCCGAGUCCUCAGCGCACCACGCCAACCUCCUAUGACCUGAGCGACUACACCACCUCCUCUCCGAACCCUUAUCUCUGGUUCAAUGGCUCUGGUCUCAACACACCGCCGUACCUGGCCUCCACCGGCCCGCCUGGCAACCCCGGCCCUCCUUUUGUCCCCCAGCAUUACGGCAUGCAGAGGCCAUAUCUGGGUCCUGCUGGGGGUGGAGGUCCUGGAGGGGAGCUGAGCUGGUUCUCUCUGCCCUCACAGGAAGACCUUAUGAAGCUGGUCAGGCCACCGUACUCCUACUCCGCUCUCAUCGCCAUGGCUAUCCACGGAGCGCCGGACAAGAGACUGACCUUGAGUCAGAUUUACCAAUACGUCGCUGACAAUUUCCCUUUCUAUAACAAGAGUAAAGCAGGAUGGCAGAACUCCAUCAGACACAACCUUUCACUCAAUGACUGCUUCAAGAAAGUACCAAGAGAUGAGGAUGAUCCAGGCAAAGGCAACUACUGGACACUUGACCCAAACUGUGAAAAGAUGUUUGACAAUGGAAACUUCCGCCGCAAAAGAAAGAGGAAGUCUGAUUCCCUCUCUGGUGGUGAUGGCGGUCCAGGGGCUGUAGAGUCAGGUGACAGCGAGAGGGGCAGCCCCAAACACUCAGGCAACCCUUCCUCCCUUAACAUCUCCCCCACAGCGGACAGGAUCCCCUCCCCUUCAUCAUCAGGUCCUGCACCGUGUCUCAGCAGCUUCUUAUCGGAAAUGUCUGGAGUGACAGCCGGGGCAGCUAAUGAUGUUGGGGGUGAUGGUUUAAGCCGACCCCUGCAGAUCAAUCUCCCUUUAGAUGGGCCUCAUCGACCCCCGCAGCCUGGAAGCUUCAGCAGCUACUCCCCCAACUCAGGCGGCCCAGAGUGGGUGCCACAAGUGCCAGCUCCACCUGUGCUCUCCUCCUCUCCCACCCAUUCUUCUCUUGGUUACUCCAGCCCCAUCCUCAGUCAGUACUCCACCUCCAGCGGGCAUUUCUACCCCCCUCUGGGCUCAACAGGAAUCAUCUACCACCGUGAGGGCACAGAGGUUUAG